AUGCAGAAGGAAGAACUGGAAAGAAUGAAGGACGUGUUGCAUGAUUUUAUGGAUUACAUGGAAGAUCCAUACGGCACGGUGGAUGCCUUAGGGGCGAAUUGUUAUAAUACAGGUUGGAACGAUAUAGACCAGGACGACAUCUAUUACAAGGAGCAAACAGUAGCGGACGUAGUACGGUGCAGACUCCUGACACGAGCAUUGUGGUUUGCGAACGGUGACAACACACAACACAAGAACGCGAACGGGGGAAGUGCGCAUAUGAGUGCAGACGAGGAGAGACUGAGAUGCGACGUAGUUAACGCUUUUGGGUAUAUACUGCACCACAAGUAUUGUGCACAUAAGACAGCCUGGACAAGAGGCAUAAAGUAUGCCUGGAAAACAGUGAAAUCCAUGGGAGACCCUGGAGGAAUUAAGGGAGCAGACAGAGGUCCUGUAAUUGACGCAAGGUGCACAGAAUGUGGCUAUGACAUUAAGAACCCGGUAGUGAGAGUAGUAAACGGACACAUGGCACAGUUGUUAAUACAUGAGGGGAACCUAAUGCACAAAAUAGGACAAUUGGAGCGUACCGCGCACUGCGCUAUGCAGUGGAAGGACUAUAAGUCGGGUCCGGGGAGGACUGAUGGCAACGGAAACGUGGACUGGAAAAAUAUCCCUGAAGUAACAAAAACGGAAAAGGAGAUAGUACAAAAAACGCAGGCGGCAAUUCAGGAAGUGACAGCAAAAAUAGACGAAGAAAUUGAAAAAAAGAAAAGUGAACAAGAUAAAGGUAAAGAUACGAAUACGACUCCAGCGGAAGCCAAGAAGAAAAACGAGGACGGCAAGAAGUCAACGGACGCCAGUACUAAGGACCAAAGUACUGAGAAGGCGCAACUACCGGCGGCUCCAGUAUUACCAGCCAGACCACCACCACCAGCUCCACCACCAGGACAGCAGACGCCGAAGGACAGUAGAGACAGCAGUUCACGUAAGUACCAUGUAUCAGGCGACACGUCAACCUGUGGGAUCCACACACACAGUGAGACUAAGGAGGUAAAUGGGAGUACCGCCACCAUUACAAUCACUACCGUGAAUUCCCCAUCCACUGGAUGCUCCGGAAGUGGUACCUCAGGUAAUGAUCCUUCCGCAGUAAGGACGACUACUAGUCAGGAUCCAUCAGUAGUCACAGCAGCACCCGCACCGGGACCAGUACCACCAGCAGAAACGGAAUCAGCACCUGCACCACAGCCGCAUCCGACGAACUCAGCACCAGCGUCACCGCGACAGAUACCCGGCAACGCAGCCGGCCAGGACGACACAGAACCCGCCAAAACAGUAGCGGCGACACCGGCAUCACCACCGUCAUCGGGCACUGCCCUGACGACGACAUCAUCGGGUGGUGGUGGUGGCAAGGCUGGUUCUGCACUUGAUGGAGCCCACGGCACGCAGGCCGUUGAUGGCGGCAACCAUGACCCCUCUCCUCUCAAUCCACCGCCACCAAAACCGAACCCGAACCCAAAUCAAUCGGGUAGUAGUGGCAGUUUCAGUGAUGCUGAUUUGGCGAAUGGAGUUUCUGGUGGGAACGGACAGGCAGGUGCUGCCGGGGGCGCACCAGGACGUGCUGGCGCAGGCGGCAGUAGUGGUGGUGGUGGACGCGGUGGAGAACGUGGUAGCGGCACUGAAGUUGGCACCCCUUCCGUGCCGCCCGGCCUCAGAUGGGAAGAUGUCAUCCCCUAUACCCUUGCCCUCAUUCCCGCGGUGGUUGGUAUUGGGGUUAUUGCGUUUGUCCUAUGGAAGUAUUUUACGCACCUCGCCCCACGACGACGAACAUAUCGAACCGUUCGUGACGUGCCGUCACCGCCACUAGACGAAGAAAUAUUGCAGCAUCUGCAACGAGGCGAACUACCGCCACCCGAUUACGGGUACACGGUGGUUAGGGAUAGGCCACCCGCGUCAACAUCCGCUAGAGCACGCCCACCACGCGUGCAUAAGCGCACGAUCAUCGAGCUACAUCUAGAAGUGCUCCACGAAUGUGAAGUGGCGGCAUGGGAAAACGUCAAAGACGACUAUUUGCACAUACUCGUUGAAGAGUUUAUGGCGGGCCACAACACCUGUACAAGUAGCUCGAAUGUCUGUACCCGAGACGACGGUUUAGCAACCCAGGACUCAACAACAAACGCCGAUUCACCAACGCGCGAUACACCCAGUGACUCCGAACAAACAGACCCUUGUCGACCUCAUAACCCCGAUCCAUGGAGUUGUAUGGAAAUCAUACAGUUAGCAACGGACCCUUGUGCACCUCACGACGACGACCGAUGGAGUUGUAUGGAAACCAUACAGUUAGACCAUGCACAACAUCGCCCUUCCGACAACGGGGACGCGACGUCGGCGUGCACCCAAUGGAUUAACUGGAUUGACCACCACAAGCAUCUAUUGCACGAGUGCAUGACACAGCCAUGGUUUAAUGCCCUCAAAACGGAAUGGAAACAAUACCUGCGUGAGCACAUGGCGGCAGACGCCAACAACGGGCAGCGUGCACUCGGUGAGCGUUUCAAUAUCCCAUCCGCAGUGAUGAAGAAAGAUGCCUGGAAAAAGUGGCUCGACCAGCAACAUCGGAACAUGCGUAUGUAUAACGCGCUGGAGUGGUUUCCACGUUUGUUGCAUAAUGUACAGGAGCACACAGAAUCGCACAAAGGCGCAGUACCUGUAGUGGGAAAGGACUUAGAAGUGGAAAAAGCCAUGGGACCAGCAGAUAUACGGAGAGUGCGAGAUGUACCACGGUCGCAACUGCAUCAACAACCUCACAUGAAAACAGUGUUAACCGCCAAAAUAUGGAUACUGAUCCUUGCAUUAGUCAUAGAACACUGCGAGGUUGACAGCCGUUUGCAGCAGACGGAGUUAUAUGUAGAUCAUCUAUUGCAAAAUUGUUAA